GCAUUAUUGGAUGUCAGGUGACAGUGUCUGCAUGAGAGUCUAAGGUACCGUCAGGCUGCUUAAACGAGCGUCCCCGCCUCCUGCUCAGUUAAAGUUAAACCGAAAGUAAGAUGUCUUCUCACUGCUCUCUGCUGUGUGCACUCAACAAGGCUCUGUCACUCCGUUAUUGCACCUCAUGAACAGAUGAGCAGAUUCAGCCUCUGCACCCCUCCAGCACUUUGCAUUCAUGUGGAUAAAUCUUGAUUAAAAUCUCAAGACAUGGAGUCUCAAAGAGGACUGAGCAGCAGAUGACCAACCAGAAAGGAGUCAAGGAUGGAGGAUCUGCAGCUGAAAAGAGGAGGAACUGGUGCAACGGGCGGUCAAGAAGAGGUUUCUUCUUUGUAGGAUGGUCAGAGACAGUCUUAGUAAAUCAGUAGUACAGAACCAAAAACAGAACUGUGCAGCUGAGACGCAGAACCAAAGUCAAACCCCUGGAGAACCGGAACAAAGCCCUGAGAGAGUUGAAUCAGACAGCCAAGAGCCAACAGAGAGGCUGCCAAAUUUACUGCACUGGAACAAACUCAGCUUAGAGGAGGAACCUGAAACCUGGCACCAGCUGGUGAGUGGAGCUGACACUGAGUGCUUGCCCACACACCUCCGCCCAUUCAGCAGCCAGGCAGAGUAUGAACUGGUGAAAAAAACCUAUCAGCAGCUCCAACACAGUGGUUACUACUGGGGACCAAUGACCAUGGAAGAGGCACAUGAAAUACUCACACAUGCAUUACUGGGCACCUUCCUCAUCAGAGACAGUGGCCAGCCUGACGUUUUCUUCACUCUGAGUUACCAAAGUGAGGAUGGCCCGACUAGUGUUCGUGUCCAGCUGAACAACCUGCUCUUCAAUCUGCAUGGCAGCCAAAGAACUUUUGCGUCUCUCUUCACUCUGCUCACUUAUUACACCAGCUCAUCCUGUAAGCUGACAGUUCCCUAUCGCAGACAGCGUCCGGAGAGCCUGAAGCAGACAUGCAGGAGGGCUUUUAUCCGUACAUAUGGAGCAGAAAAUACAAGCUCAUUACCUGGACUGAGCCUUCAAGUUAAAAACUAUAUUCGUGCAUACCCGCACUGUAUAUAAAUGCACAUGUGGACAGAGUACCUGUUGCUGUAUGAAGAUACUGUUUGUAUUAUAAGUAAAAAAAAAGUUCUUUGUUUGUGUUAUUUAAAUAACACACAUUUUUUGUUAUUAUAAAUAACACAAAUGCAGCUUGAGAAUAUUUGAUCUGAAAGGGUUAUUUGCACACAUUAUCAUGGUAUGACAGAGUACACUUGGGACAUGAUAUUAUUGUUUCAAAAAAUAAUAACAGAUACUGUAGGAAAUUCAAACUUAUUUUCCAUGACACAUAUCACUUAGUAACUUCCUUAAAUAUGUCAGAUUUACUGCUGCUGGUUAAAGUUGCAUCUGUUUAUAAAGUAAUGGCUAAAACAUUAUGGAUGAAUGUAAGUCUAAUAUUCUCACUCGUUUACUCUGUUUUCUAUAAACAAGUCAACCUUGGCAACUAUUUUUUUAAUCCUGUAUUAAAUAUCUGAGUUAAUUCCCUUGUUAUCUAAAACAAAAGAGACAAAAGAGUUGUGUUUUGCUUACAAAGGUUUAAUUAUCUCGGGAUUCUCUUGAGAAAUAACAGGUCCUUUUCCCAAAAAGGACAAAUGGCUAGAGCAACAGUGUUGUUGUCUUGACAUAAGUUAUAUUAUGGAUGAAUCACCAAAUUAUGACCUAUAGUCCACAUAGUUUGUGAUCCAGCUAGUCUGCAUGCCAUACAGUAGUUAACAAUAUCAGCAGGAUCACUGAAAAAAAACACACCUUUGUGAAGUUACAGCUGUAGUCUGCUUGUUAAAUGAAGGAGCGUGAUUUGAAUGAAGAUAUUACAAGAAUGUUACAUUUAGUUUUUUGUGAACUAAUCAACCUUUUUUUUUUAACAAGAAUUUUUUUAAUCCUGAGAUUAUGGGAUUAAAAUUAUUGCUCUUGGAUUCUAUGGUUUUGGUCUCCACCAGCUCCUAAAAACAGCGUGUAGUCAUCAGAGUCAGUUUGAACAACUAUUUAAUACAGUUUCAGAGUUUGGACCCACUAGCCAUAAUUUUACGUGUUGUUCCUGUCUUUAGUAUUGCGGAACAAGUAACUAGAAAUGUGUGACUCUUUGCCAAGCUUUGUUCAUGUUGAAUAAAUUUG